GAUACCCCAGAAGAGGUGUCUUUUGAUUGAUUGGGCUGAUGAAGAAAGGAACAUUGGUGAAGGCCGUAUCCUCUCUUCUGACCCAAAUGACAUAGUCAAUGACAGUCGCUUAGGCCCUUCGGAUCUUAAAGUCUUGGUUGAAGCUGCUACUGAACCAGAAGCAUUCCUCUGGCGACCUGCGAGUAACAUGUGCACAAUUAAGGAAGCAGUGGGUCAUAUUAUUGCAUGGCCGAAGAAUAAAUGUGUGGAACUAGGUCUGGGGCUUGAUCCAGAAGACAUUGCACCACUGGGCUCUAGAGCAACUUCUCUCAACAAAUGCAAACUACUGGAUUUGUCUGAUGAUGAUGUCGUUGUGGGUGAAGGGCGUUGGCAGACAAAAGAAGCAAAAGCAUUGGUCAAUGGACUUCCUCUCGGACCUAAAGCGGUAAAAGUUUUCCUGGAUGUUGUACAUGAGCAGAGAACAUAUUUAUGGAGGCCUACGAUGGAUCUUGCAUAUCUCGAGGACUGCGUACACUCUUUUAUAUCAUGGCCUGUUCGGAAAGUUGUCUUUGACAAUCCACCAGAAGCAACAUCACAACAAUCUCCUACUCCAAAAACCGUCUCUUCAGUAGGAAGAGAAACAUGUAUCAAAAAUACAUCUGUUGGUUCCAAAUCUGUAGCAACAACAUCAACUCCUACUGAGGAGUCUCCACCAUCUAAUCAGCAUGGAUCUCAACCAAUCAAGCAGAAUCAGAAGUGCAAACUGAUGGACCUUGGUGAGAGGAAACAAGUAGUAGCUGAAGGUCGUGUGCAUUCAACAGACCCAUCUCAAAUGGUCCACUUUGUGCGCUUGGGUCCGAAAGCGGCUAGAGUGUGGGUAGAUGCUGUGAUAGUCGAUGAUGCAGAAGUCUGGAGGAAGACAGAUGAAAUCGAGUGUUUGAAAGAUGCACAUGGUUCAUCGAUUGCAUGGCCACUUGAAAAAUUGGUCAUAUUCUAGAUACUGCUGCAGGGGGAUGAACAACUUAGGUCCAGACUUGGCUAGUUUUAAGCUUAGACAAAUGAAGUUAAUGUAUGAUAUUAUUUCUUGUCUUUUGUAUCUGUUUUCAAACGGCAUUAGUAACUCUUGUGUAAUGACUUAUGUAAUGACUUAUGUAUGUGGAACCUAUUUUAUGAAUGAAUU